AUGGUAAAAAUUUUCAGAAGAUUCGCUAUUAAAAAGCAAUUUUGGAUGGAUGAUGAUAAAAAGUAACGUUCUGUGCCUUCUACCUAGUUAAUGUGCAGUCUCUGUAGAAAUUCUCACGCCAUUGGAGCUUCAGAACCCAAGCUGGUCAAGUACCCUGUAUACAAGCUCUGUUCGACCAGUUCAUUAAGCAGCAAGUCUUUGAAAACCCAGACUGCGGUUUUUUGUUUUUUUUUUUUUUCCUUUUAUUUUUAAUAAUUUUCUAUAGUUUUAGUAUAUCUUUGUAAAAGUUUGUUGUGGUUUGAUAGCUUUCUGAAGCCAACAGUUCAUCUUUCUUUUUUGGGCAGAAUCUUAUCAAUUUGCUUUGGAUUUGAGUUAAAAAGAGAUGCUUUUGGUUUUUCUCAGAAUGUCAAGGUUCUGUGUAUAAAUGCCAAGCUCAUAAAAAUUCGUCCAUCAAUGUCUUCUCAGAAUUAAUCAUAUUCUCCUUAAAUGCUGGUUUGGAGGUUGUUGGUGGGACAGCAUUGCAUGAAGGAACCACCUUGUGAGUGUUUUCCUUGAAACCCUUCACAGAGUUAUAAAGAUCGGAUAUGAACCUUUAGAUUCAAGAGGGGUGUUUCUAUUUUUGUGUUUCUGGUAAUGAAGUUGGUAUUUUUCAAUUUUAGAGUGAAUGACGAGCUUUAGCUUGUAGAACUAGAUCCAAUAACAUUCUUUCUGGUCUCUAAGAAGGAAUUUUUAUUAAUUUCCAUAUUGUGUUCAAACACCUACUGUUGUCUUCUUCAAUUUCCCAAGCUCGUUUUUUUCUUUCUCUGAAUUUUAUCGAUGUCGGAAAAGAACAGGUUGCCCUCAAGGUUCUUCUUCUAUUUGAUAACCAUUUCUAUGCUCCUUUUAAUCCUUUCUUUUGUCUUCCUCCUUCAAGUCAGCACUGCUUCUUUCAGAUCAGUAUUUAAGCUCAUUCUUCACAAUGGCACAUCAUUUUACUUAAACCCAACCCUUGAAGGUGAUGAUAUUGAACUUCCUCUCCUCUCUUCUUCGAUUUCACAAGUGACUGCGGAAAGACCUAUAUGGAGGGGAGAAUCGGCUUCUAUAAAUUCCAAUUCUACCAUGGAAAUGGCUACUUCUGGAAGACAGAGAAUGAUGGGUUGUGACCCAACUCGUAGCCGGUUGAGAGUAUAUAUGUAUGACUUGCCUCCUGAAUUUCACUUUGGUUUAAUGGGUUGGAAGGGAAGGGAGAAUCAAACGUGGCCAAAUGUCGAGAACCCAAGUCAAAUCCCACCAUAUCCAGGUGGAUUAAAUUUACAACACAGUGUCGAGUACUGGAUCACCCUUGACCUUCUAUCAUCAGAUAUCCCAACAAUUGUCAGGCCUUGCACUGCAAUCAGGGUGAAGAAUUCAAGCCAAGCAGAUGUUAUUUUUGUGCCAUUCUUCGCAUCUCUAAGUUACAACCGCCAUUCAAAACUUCAUGGGGAGGAGAAAGUUAGUGUCAACAAGAUGCUGCAGGGGAAACUGGUGCAUUAUUUGAUGGGCCGGCAUGAAUGGAAAAAACAUGGUGGAAAGGACCACCUAAUAGUUGCCCACCAUCCAAAUAGCAUGUUAGAUGCAAGAAAAAAGUUGGGUUCUGCUAUAUUUGUGCUUGCAGAUUUUGGAAGAUACCCCGUCCAAAUAGCAAAUCUUGAGAAGGAUGUAAUUGCUCCUUACAGGCAUGUAGUGACUACUAUUCCCAGUGACAAAUCAGCCACAUUUGCAGAACGUCCUACAUUACUAUACUUCCGUGGGGCAAUAUAUAGGAAAGAUGGAGGAGUAACUCGUCAAGAACUAUAUUAUCUUCUUAAAGAUGAGAAAGAUGUAGUCUUCGCCUUUGGCAGCGUUCAACGGAAUGGUAUCAGGAGAGCAAGCCAUGGAAUGGCCUCAUCAAAGUUUUGUCUGAAUAUAGCUGGUGAUACCCCUUCUUCAAAUCGCCUAUUUGACGCCAUUGCUAGCCAUUGUGUUCCUGUGAUAAUCAGUGAUGAGAUUGAGCUACCAUUUGAAGAUGUCUUAGACUACUCAGAAUUUUGCAUAUUUGUUCGUGCAUCUGAUGCUGUUAAGAAGGGUUACCUACUAAAUAUUCUUCGAGGAAUCAAAGAAAACAAGUGGACCAAGAUGUGGGAAAGGUUGAAGAAAAUCGUUCAUCACUUUGAAUAUCAAUAUCCAACCCAUCCUGGUGAUGCUGUAGAUAUGAUUUGGGAGCAAGUUUCUCAUAGAAUAUCUUCAAUACGAUUUAAGCAUCACAAAAAGAGUCGGUACAACAGAUCAUAGCUUCUUGCCUAAGAACAAAAUUGUAAUCUCCCACUUGAAAAUUUGAGUCAUUGAGGUCUCUUAACCUUGCACAAUCUGGUAAUCAUCAGAGCUAUAUAGGACCAAUUUAUUCGUAACCAUGUUUAGGCUCGAUUUCUGUUGUAGCUUUUGAUUGUUAUCAAAUUUGAUUUCAUGCAUCUCUCUUGCACCUUUAUUAGUUGAUUUUGUUGUUUUCUUUUUUCUAUAUGAAAGUUUGCUUGUAUAGAGCAAUUGAAAUGUAUAAACAACAGUUUCAACCUCUGUUCUAUCAAUUCUGUGAAAUGUUAAUGGAAAAGCAGCAGAAAUCUGGGCAACUGUUGGCAAGAAAUAUUAUAUGAGAAAGCCUAUUUUCAUGUUAA